AUGUCGACGACCGCGAGUUCUUCAGCGGUUCGCCGGCCUACAACGAAGCGAGCCUAUCAUACAUGGCACUCAAAAGCCACAGAGCAACCACGCAGUCACUUCGAGGACUUCUUGCUCGAGAUCGGCGCGAGCUCACAGGCGCAACAUUUAUGCUGCAUGCCGCGGCAAGUCGGUACGGAUCGUCCUCUUCGGGGCCACCGCCGUAUGACCACAUCUGUAGAGACUCGGAGACAGUCUAGUGACAAUGCGCGAGAGCUUUCCCCCAACAAAGGCUCCCGAGUUCCUAUGCGAGGCCGUCGACGAGAGCUAAUUGCUAUCAGCACUGCGUCGUAUGCUGGUCAUAGGACGCCCCAUCCCCUUAUGCUAUCUGCUCUCGAGGUUGGCGGCGCAACCUCGCUUCUUAAGGUCGAAGCCUCGUCGGCAGUCAAUUUCCAGACCUAUGACGCGGUCGACUCCUACUUCUCCGUCGACAUCUCACAUUCAUCUCUGAGGUCGUUGCUCGGUCCUGAUGCUCAUGAUGAGCAGCAAUUGCCGCUGCCGCGGAGAGACGUGUACGACGACGCGCUCUUCCUCCCGCGAUUCGUUUUCCACUGCUCCCUCAUCGGAGGCACCGGCGACUCCCAAAAGUCACUCGCCUCUCCUUCCGGAAAUUCGACCGAGCUUGGCAGACCUAGAGCACGCUUCGAGAUUCAGGGUCCAAGCCCAGUGCGUGACCUGCAGAAAACCCGGCUCGAACUUCCCGAGCUGUUCUCGAUGCGGAGAAACGUGGUGUUCAAGGGAAUGCAGGCUGAAGGGAAGCGGGGGAUCAAGGCACAAGCCCAUAGCAGACGCCUGUGUCAGAUUUCUCAGCAGCAGCCCCCAUCUUCACCCAUGUCAACGACAGUGACCUGCGUCAGUGAGGUAUCAACCUUACGUCUCAUCGCUGUCGAUCCACUCAAGAGCAAUAAUACCGCCGCAGACACACGACGAACGCCACCAGCUCCCAAUGCGGUUCGCGUCGACCUGCCCGGCGACAAUCACGCGUGGGCCGCACUCCUCCGAGGAGCUUUGCAGAAAGCUGGGGUGACAGCGGGGGCAGACGGAAGUGUCCUGCGUGUGAGUUCAACGCAUUCGCGCUCGCAGUCAGACGCUGUGGUGGGCUAUACGCGUCUCCGCACCGGUGGAAGAGAGGGUCGCGCCUUCCGCAGACAACGUGUGGCAUCGUCCGUUGACUUGCAAGGUCGCCGAACGCGAGACACGUACCGACCCGGGGUGCCCCCUGCUCUUUCUACCGUCCUUCCCCUCCCUAAACCAGCGCCCGCGGUGCUUCACACCUCUCAGGACGAUCUAGAGUUGCUCGGCUCAUUCACCCCAACAAGCUCCCCCCGUCGCUCCUUGCGGUCCCUUCUAGCCGCGGAGCAGCCCCGAACAUAUCCAUCACAAAUCCCGCCGCACCCCAGUGAUAGCGGGGCCUAUGAUGCUGCUUCGAAUGGCGACCAGGCCCCGUCACGCGCCUGGCCGCCGUCACGGCAUUUGUCCUCCCUUCCGUCCAUAUGCCGCACUCCGUCUUCAUACUCAGGGUCGGACUAUUUCUCAAGCGUGCCCUUGUCAGCUGGUCCGCCAACCCCUGCGCGCGAGACCUCCCCGCCGCCGACACUAAAUCACAAGGCGCUGCAUCCGGUCCUUGAGUCGCUUGAGGACGCCUCAAAAAUAUCCGUGCAGACGCGCUGCGCAAAUUGCACGCAAAAGGGAGCCAACUUCCCUUCCUGCCCUAGAUGCGGAGAGAUGUGGUGUUCGCGAGAAUGCAGAUUGCAGAGUAGCGGAGGCAAAAAGCACACUUGCCGUAAAGCUCAGUGAUGUACACUGUCGUCAUCCUAGGUCACGUUUGGCUUUUUCUCACAGAUCUCCGGGCCUUUUGGUAUACCUUGUGGCGCCGUCGUCAUACCUCGUUCUAGGCCUUUAUGUUGUCACCAUUGUAUCGUAGACAUGCUUGCUAUCGUGCUCUCAAAUGUAGUGUCGUUUUACGUUUUC